AUGGCUGCUCAGUUCAGUAAUAGUCGAUAUUUAAAUUUACAAAAAGAGUUUCGAUCCUCUAAUCGUACACUUGACUUUGACCAUAUUUAUGUUAUUCAUCUUGACUAUCGAACGGAUAGACGCGAUAGAUUAGAUGAAAUGGCAUCCUAUCUUGGAUUAGACUUGGAUUAUUUUUCUGCCAUUUCUAAACACGAUGGAAAUGUCCUCAGAAAUUAUGGUUCCGCAGAUAUGGACCUUUCUCAAAAAGCUUGUUAUUUAAGUCAUUAUGUAAUCUAUAAACAAAUGAUUUAUAAAGGAUAUAAUAGUGCUUUAAUUUUAGAAGAUGAUGUGGACUUUGAACUUAACAUUACUGCUAUUAUGGCUGAUAUUCAUCAUGACCUACCUCCUUCUUGGGAAACGUUAUACAUAGGCAGUUGCUUUGAAUCUAUGGGUGAACAAGUCGGGAAAAGUUCUUCUGUCCAUAGAUUGUAUAAGUCAGUGGCUCCAAUGUGCAUGCAUGCUUAUGCUGUUUCAUAUUCGGGUGCUCAAAAGCUUAUAGAACUGCUCGAUCCUAUGGUUCCACGUGGGACGAUUGAUUAUUCUCUCUCGGUAGUAAUUAGUGAAGGGAAAGUCUCUUCAUAUAGCGUUCAUCCACAACCUAUCGUGCAAUGGAAAUCUGUUGAUAAUCCUUCUGAUAUUCCUAAAUCUCAAUCCUUAUCCUUUAAUUUAUUGAAUUCAACUUUACGAUUUCUUGGCCAUAAUACAUAG